AUGGCGACGACAGGCCCGGCCACUGCAGGGGAAUGUGCGCCACCGGCGCAGUGUGCCGCGGCCUCGCAGCCGACGGGGCGUCGCUCGUUGUCUCCCGUGGGGGGCGAGUUGAGGUUGCCGGCGGUGGAUCAGAAGUCGGCUUCGGAGGGGUGGGGCCGCGGGGGACGGCUGCGUCACAACAAGACGCGGCCAAGUGCGUUUCAGCAGGGGGAGUCAGCGCUGCUUUUCGUGGAGGACGGUACCGGGGAUAAGCGGAGCGUCACCAUGCGCGGGGGUGACGAUCGCCCUGGCGACGCGAAGAAGCGGAACUUCUCGAAAAAACCGUCGGAGCGGCGGGCGAGGGAACCUGCCACAACUUUUACGUUGCCGCUUACGCUAGGGCCGCGAAGCGGGGCAUCCUCCGCUGCGAUGGGAGCGCAAACGUCAUUAAGUGACACUCCGAAGGUGGGCACUGCGAGCCCCGGGGGGGAUGCCGCCGCGCCGGGCGCAGGGGGCUCUCGAGGCGGCGGGCAGCAGCGAGGACGGCGCGUGAAGGGCGUUGUGGAGUAUGACCCGAAGACGUACAGUGAACUGCUUCCAGCCACGCUUAGGAUGCGUAAGGUGGGGGACGUGGAGGCCGGGGUGGGGCCGGGGGUGGCGGUCAGCGAAAUGCUCGCGGAACGUGAUGCGCGACACGCUAAUCGUGGCGUGCUAGCAAUGAAUGGGAAGAUAACCCAGCCGGUGCCUCUGCUGGAGCUGCAGGAGUUUGUGGGAACGAUGAAGCAGUUGCAGGAGCGGGGAAGACACAUGCGACGGCGGUGGAGACGCUACCUACCGUGUGUAACGGCGGUGAGUGGUGGCGCUGUCAGGAUGCUCAGUGAGGAGGAGGACACGAGCUCGGAGAGUCUGCAGGACCACGACAGUGACGCGGACUUCAACGUGACGCUGUCAAGGCGGCAGCAGCAGAAGAGUGAGCUCACCAGGGCCGCGAUUUCCUCGUGGCGGGAGGAGAUGAACGCACUGCGGCUGCGUGGGGACAACGCCCGGGGCGCGGUACUUCUGCGGAAUGAACUGAAAAGGAGCCGGCUCGAGGUGGAAAAGGCCCGUCAAGGCGCCACCCUCGCAAGCCUGCAGAUGAUUCACAGUGAGCCGACGGCACACGACCUAACGGAGGAGGAACCACGCCGCUCUUCUGCAGAGGACAUAUCAUGGAGGACGGAAAAUGAGAUUUCACAGCGCGCCGCCGCCGUACCGGCUCCUGACAGUUUCGCUGCCGGGAGUGUGGCGCACACGAAGGAUCGCAGCGGCACUCACAGUGAUGGCAAAAAAAGCGCAGAGAGUGGCGCUGUGGGCGCUCGCACCAGCGCCCAACUUGAUGCCCUACUGCAUCGUGGAAAAGGCACGACGGUGUAUGGGCUUGACCCCAUUCGCAGGCGUGGAAGUUUCCAAACGCAUUCCCUCUACCCGCGUGCUAGGUCGCCGCUCUCAUCGCUACCGCAUGUGUCGGGCUUCUCGUCUGCCAUGAACACGUCUGCGCCCUGGGCACUUGAUGCAAAGCAGAAGCUGGAGCGGCAGGCGCCUCACACGCGCCACGACACACAGCGAAGGUGGCGACCCCUUCCUGUUGAGUACGGCGUGGGGGAGCAGUCUAGCCUACGGUUCAAGGCGAAGGUGAUGCAGGGGCGCCUGGAGGAUUGCCGGUCGGACAUACAGAACGGGGAGGACAUUCGACGCACGCGUGAGCUCCUGCUAGAGCUGCGGCCGACACGAGCGACGCUGCUUGCUGAUUCGCUCAAGCACUCUCAGGAGAACGCAAGGGUCAUUCUUAAACAGCACCGUCGAUGCAUCUUUGAGAAGGUUGCGGAGAAGGACUCGGAGGAGCGAAAGGAGGCGUGCCUGGCAUACGUGGACCUCUUGGAGCAGGUCUACUCCUGCGAGGUCGCCGAAAACUCGUUGGCCGCCGUGACAGGCGUCUUGCAAAGAGUAAGGGACAUCAUCUCUGUCUCGCUUACGCGCUGCAAUGCGCGCAGCUACAAUGGUCUUCUGAAGGAUUACUUUCUAAUAGAGCAGUUCACUGAGGUGCCCGUCCGCGACCUCCUUUGGCGGCUUGCCGAGCUAUUCGAUAUGACAAGAUCGCAGUACAAGGCUGCCCUCUGGAAUGCGUACCAGGCGCUGAAUACCCCGCGCGACUAUCAGGCCCGCUUUCGUGAGAUUGACCGCACUGUUUUGGGUAUUCCGACGCCUAUGGAGCGGCGGAUUCGUCUCACGCUGCACCGCUGUCGCUUCCUGCAGGCCCACGCCUCCGUUGGUACUACGCACGUGCUUCCCGCGACAGGGGGCGAGCGGGCCAGGGACUUGGGCGAGGUUUCCGUGCAGAUAAAGAGUGAGCACCAGGUGCUCCUCUCCACCGCGGUGCGGGCGCGCGUGUGCGGUGAUGAGGAGACGUUUAGCUGGAACGUCUCCCGGAGAGACGACAAGUCUCUCCCUCUCUGCGGUGCGAAUCUUAUGGAUCAGGUUUUCCGUCUUCAUCUUUGCGAGAACACAGACUUGCGGGUGGCGCUCCUGCACAACGGCCUGGUGGUGGCGAAUGGCAAGUUCUGCCUCUCCGACUGCACCUUCAACCCGCGGGGACUCGCGCUGCUCUGGCUGCGCCUCUCGGGCGAGGAGGGGGUGGAGGCGGAGGUCAAGCUCACCCUGGCGCUCCUUGGCGACAAGCACGCGCACAGGAAGAGCCGGCGAAAGUGA